GUCACUUGCCACGCCAUUUUGAAGCGAACGCUAGCGACGAGUGUGUGUGACUGACUGUUUUAAUACUGCAAUACAAUUUUGGUGUGUGUGUUUUCAAUUUACUCACACAGCACACGUGAAUGGCAAAUAGCAAAGAAGUUGCGCAUUAAAAUCGGCGCUUUGGCACAAAUUGCACUAGUUAUUGUUUGUAAACAAACUUCAAAACCCAAACGUCAUUUCGCAAUAAGUACGCAACAUAUACAACAUAUGCAAUCAAGAUGAGCGGCAACAAAGCGGGCGUGGUGUUAAAUUGCCGCACAUGCACCCGGGCAUGUAAACAAUUCAAAUCGCUGCAGGAUGAAUUCGAGAUUGGGCCCGAGGGCAGCACAACGCUGGCGAAUAUGCUCAACUAUUGCUCCAGCUUAUCGUUUGAGCCGGAAGAUGGCGCCGCAAUGCCACAGCACAUUUGCAUGCAUUGUUUGCAAUUGUUGGAGCAAGCUUUCAAUUUCAAGCGCAUGGUCAUCGAUUCUGACGAACUUUUGCGUUUGGGCCUCGAAGAGAUGGACAACAACAAUGCCAAUAGCAGCCACAACAACAAUAACAGCAACAGUGCUGCCGCUGCCGCCGCCAAUCAGGAAUAUGUUGUGAUCGAGCUGCUGGGCGGCAACGGCGCCAAUGAGGCUGAAGCAGUGGCCUCAGCGAAAGGCAGCAACUCGGGCCCACAUCAUGUGACCGCUCUUGUGGAGGCAUACAACCAACAGCCGGAGCCGGGACAGAAAUACUUGGUCGAGGAGGUCACCGAGACGGAGGUGGAUGAGUUGGACACAGAAACUGAUGAUGCCAUCGAAUCAUUGGGAGACUUUCAACCUGCUGACAUUGAGUAUGUGACCAUUAAAAGUGAAUACGAUUCCCAGGUGGAGGAGGAGGAGAUUGAGGCCGAGGCCGAACCCGAGGAAGAGGAGCUACUGGAGGCCGAGGAGGACAUUGAGGAUGACAUUGAGGUAAUGGAUGAGACGCCACAACUAGAAAUGGUCAGCGAGCAAAUGCAGCUGCAGAUGCUCGACGAUCAGAUGGUCAUCAUAUCGGGCGAAGAGCAAAUCGAUGAGGUAAUUGGAGAAGUUGAUGCCGAUGACAUCCUGGACAUUGAGCGCGAGGAGCACUUGUUGACUGGCGAUAGCGAGGAGGGUGAAGAUUACCUUGACGAUUCGAUGGAUGAAACGUCCGGCAAUAUCGUUGUCUCCGCCUCCCAGCAGCAGCAGCAGGCAACCACUGGCAAUGCUGGCGGUGAAGUACUGCCCCAUGUGUGUCAUGUGUGCAACAAAGCGUUCCGCCAACAGUGUCGCCUCAAUCAGCAUCUGCGCUCCCACGUCGACGAGAAGCUCUACACGUGCGAAGUGUGCGGCAAGAAGCUGAAGCAUCUGCGCAACUAUAAGGAGCACAUGAUGACGCAUACGAAUGUGAAGCCCCAUCAGUGCAACAUCUGUGAACGCUUCUAUAGGACCACCUCUAGCCUGGCGGCACACAUGCGCACCCAUGCCGAGGACAAGCCGUAUAAAUGCGAUCAAUGCGGACGCAGCUAUGCGGCCUUCGAUCAUCUGCGUCGCCACAAACUGACGCACACCGGGGAGCGGCCGUAUGCGUGUGAUUUGUGCGACAAGGCGUACUAUGAUUCAUCCUCGUUGCGGCAACAUAAGAUCAGUCAUACGGGCGAGAAGGCGUUCACCUGUGAGAUUUGCGGCGUUGGCCUAUCCCAGAAGUCUGGCUACAAGAAGCACAUGCUUGUGCAUUCCGGCGAAAAGCCGCACAAAUGUCCGAUCUGUGGACGCGCCUUUACCUUCACCAGCAAUCUGAAUGCCCAUGUGCGAUUGCAUUCGGGCGAAAAGCCCUUCAAGUGCGACAAAUGCAUGAAGGCAUUCCCAACGAAGAAGCGCCUCAAUAGCCACAUGCGUGUCCACAAUAAGGAGGCGCCCGUCACUGCCACCAUCAGCAGCAGCGUCGGAGGCGGCGGCUGCGGCACAACCACCAGCUCAGCACAGUCCCAAGCGCAAUUGUCGCCGUCGCAGCAACAGCAGUCGGAACGUUUAACAACGGUCGCUGGACGUCGCACCGUGAUGAGCGCAAGUGCAAUGCCCGAUGUAAGCGAUCAGCAGGUGUCCACAUCCAAGGUUGUUGUAGUGCUCUAAACACACUCACACACACACACACAACACACUCUCCUAGUCACUAAGCUUAGUUUUAGAAUAAAAAAAAACAGACAACAGAAGCGCACACAUAACAACAUUCAAGGUUUUAAUUAAAUUUGAAAUCAUACAAAUUACUGCUGACCAAUUUCAUUUUUU